AUGCCCGCUGGAGUCAAGGAGGCCGAUCCGACGCAGGCGGGCGUGGCGGCGGAGCCAAGCGCGGUGAAGGCGGACGGAAAGAAUGGUGCUCGGAACCCGCUGCGCGACGAAGAGAAGAACGACGGCGGGAGGCGUAGCAGUGGCUCGCGCUCACCGGAUUCGCGUCAGCAGCGUGACGAGAAACGCGGAGGCGAGGUGCGCGUGUCCGAUCUGCGGCAGCACCGUGAUAUCCGCGACAGCCGCUUGAAGGGAGGCGCGGAGGCGGCUACCGCUCGCCAGAUCCGCGGCCGCUGCAUGACGGAGGGCGCGGAGGCAGUGCGCACUCGCCAGAUCCGCGGAGGCAUCACGGCGGGAGGAGCGGAGGGGGCUCGCGCUCACCAGAUCCGCAUCACUAUCGUGAUGGGAGACGCGGAGGUGGCUAUCGCUCGCCUGACACGCAACGGUACCAUGGAGAGAGGUGGGGAGGCGAGGCUCGCUCGCCGGAUUGGCGCCAGCAACAUGAGGAAAGCCGGGGAGGCGGAUACCGCUCGCCGCAGCGGCAGCGAAGCAGGGAUGGAAGGCGGGGCGGUGGGUCUCGCUCGCCUGGUCGGUAUCGGCAGCGUGACGAAAAACGUGCCGGUGAAGGAGGACAGGAUCAACGCGGCAGCAGAGUGGGAGGCAGCGGGCUGA